GUUUACACAGGAAUUCACACUAACUUUUGUAGUCAUUUCGUAGGCCUUCUUCUGCCUCACAAAUAGUCAACUGUUAUCGACUUUUGUGUGUUUUAGAAAUAUUUUUAAUUAUUUUUUAAUUUAAUUUUUAAAUUACUUUAAUAAUAAUUUUCUCAUAAUGUCUGAUGAAGAAGAGUACAGCGAGGAGGAGGUCGAGGAGACACCGAACACAAGUUCUGCACCAAAGGCAGAGUCGGCUCCCAAUGAGGCCGAGGCAGCAAUGGAGGAAAAAAUGAGAAAAAAGAAGGUCGAAGAAGAGGAAGCGUGGGGUGAUUAUAUGGAACAGAGAAAAAAGGCCAGAGCUAAGGAAGAAGAAGAAUUAAGAAAACUCAAAGAAAGACAGGCUUUACGCAAAACAAAACGCGGAGAACAGGAGAAGAUGUUGUAUGAAUUCAAAAGGAAACAGGAAGAGAUCAGAAUCAGAGAAAUGGAAGAGAAGAAGGCCAGAGCUGCCGAAGAAAAAAGAAAACGUCUGGAAGAGGCAGAGAAAAAAAGAGCAGCGAUGCAGGCGGCUAUGGAUAAGUCGAAACAACAGGCGCCGGUUGAACGUAAUUUUGUCAUCCAGAAGCGUAGUGAUGGUGGGCCCGGCGCUGCUCUCGGCAACACUGGAUUUGAUAGAUUUACAAACGUUAUGUCAGCUCGAAGUGAAAUGGGAAAGACUAAGGAACAGUUGGCUGAAGACAAGAAAAUUGCUCUCUCUUUCCGCGUUAAGCCCUUACAAGUCGAUAGUCUGUCAGCUGACGAGUUGAGGAAAAAGGCGUCUCAAUUGUGGGAUACAAUCGUUCAGUUAGAGAGCGAUAAAUAUGAUUUAGAAGAAAGACAAAAGAGACAGGACUAUGAUUUGAAAGAAUUGGCUGAAAGGCAGCGACAAAUUAAUCGGAAUAAAGCAUUGAAGAAGGGAUUGGAUCCUGAUGCACUUUCGGGUAAAUUCCCGCCGAAGAUCUUGACGGCCAGCAAAUAUGAGAGACGACUCGACAGAAGGACUUUUGGGGAUAAAAAGGGAUUAUAUGAAGGAGGAUAUGACGCUCAAGUGGAGGCCAUACUCGAAAAGUCGUGGGAAGAGAAGAUGAGUCAAUUUAAAGAAAGAGAUAACAAACAAUUGAAUAAAUGGGACCCAUCGGCGCCUAAGAACAAGGAGACCUUCGAACCGGGCACUCGAACCUAUGAUGACGAUGCAGAUGACGACAUAUUGGAUGCAUUUAUCAAACCUCCUGGUUUUGAGGAGAUACUUAGCGACUCGGCUCCGGCACCCGCAGCACCUAAACCAGCGCCGGCUCCAGCAAAACAGGAAGAAGAAGAGGAAGAAGAAGAAGAAGAGGAAGAGGAGGAGGAAGAAGAGGAAGAAGAAGAGGAAGAGGAGGAGGAAGAAGAAUAGAGAAAAUAAAAUUACAAAUUCUGUCAAUUGUAUCAAUUAAUGUAUCAAUUAAUUUACCAAUAAAUAUCAUAAACUAAGUUA